AUGUCGAAUGAUAAAGGAUCAUUAGAAUAUGGUGAUCAUGCUCCCAAAUUUUCUAUUGCAGAUGAUAUUUCAGAAGUUUAUGGCCUACCUGGGAUUCAUGAAUCUGUAAUUGACAUAGAUGCUUCACAAGAAGAUAUGGAAAUAACUGAUGUUAAGAUGCAAGAAGUAUUCUUUCGAAUCUGCAUAUUUUUUAUAAGAGCCUUCAAGUGUAGCUACCAUAUUUUAUAUGCACUGGCUCUUUUUAUUGAUCAUCAUGAACUCAAAGCAUUUACUGAAUUAGUAUAUACUAUAACUGGGCAAAAAUUCGGCAAGUUUAUCAAUCGAAAAUUACCUGGUCAAAAUUUUAACCUUCAUCUUAUUGGUUUAGCAAAAAAGAUAAUGGCUGAAAAACUCGAUCAUGUUAGAAUUCAACCGCCUCUUAAUUUGGGACUUAAAGGAUUGGAUUAUCGAAAAAAAAGAAGAGACGAAGGAAAACUUCAUUUAUUUCAACCAGAAAGCAGUAAAACAUUCAUUGUAAAAUGCUUUCGGCAAGAAAGUGAUGAACCUGAGGAAGUUUUUAAAUGCGACCCAUCUAUUGCAGAAAAAAUUCAGAAAGAAAAUAAAAAUAUAUCUCUCACCUCUUACAGGAUAAAGGGUUUAGGUUUUUCUAAAGCCUUUAUAAAAAUGCCAUCUUGGGUUAAAUAUAAUGAAACCCUUACAGCGACAGAAAUAUAUGAGGAGAGAUAUGUAAGACCAUUACUCAAUGAAAGCGAUAUCUAUGUAAUAUCAUCUUGGGAGACGAAAAAAACAUAUGUUCUAAAGCAUCUUACUAUAUCUGAUGAUAUGAAUUUACUAGUAUUAUCCACGCGUCACUCUUACUUGAAUGCUGUUAUUACAAGACUCAAUUUCAAAUCAUAUUAUAAUAUUAAUGAAACUGUAUUAGCUGAACUUUGGGAUUGGGCUAAGAAAAUGACUUCAUUACCUAUUGAGAAUUGGAAAAGUGCUUCACUUAUCUGCUAUCUCAGAAAGGACGUACAAGGGAUUGUUCGUGCUUUUAAGACCAAUUUUUCAGAACUACAAAUCAAGAAAUAUCAUGAUAAAUCAUAG